UUGACAGAAAAAAGCUCGCGAAAGAAAAUACGAAGUACGAAAUUAUAUUCGAGACCAAAUUGUGUGUUUAUUUAAAGAACUAAUUGAAAUCCUUGACGCCUGCUAGGGCAAUAUUAUAUCCAGGAUUUGGGUAAUUCGUCCACAUUUCGAAAAUAAUUGUUAAGGCUUGUUGGAUUAUAACGACAAUCAAGUGAUUGCGAAUCGUAAGGAUUCUAAUGGUAACGUCACAAUAGAAGAAGUUAAAUAAUAAAGUUUAUAUUAAUGCUUUGAAAAGAAAACAAACGCUACGCAAUAAAUAGCCGAAACAAAUAUUUUAAUGUCACUUUCGCUAUUGCGAUGUCUAAAUCGGGGGGGAGGAGGGGUCUUAAAUGUCACUAAUAACGCUACUAAGCUAUCACUGCCACCAUCGUCGUCAACGCCAAUCGUGGGUGUUUCAAGCACUGCACAUUAUUCGCGACGUAGUGACCCCAAAAACCUUGAUAGCGUUUUCAAGGUGGUAAAGUCUAAGGCGCGUGUUGAAGAUGACUCUGAUUUUCUUGGUGGCGAAUGUGGACCGAAUUGGGAAUUGCUUGCUCCUCGGGGGAAUCGCUUCUAUUUUCCUAACGCAGUUGGACCAGCGUGGCAAAGUGCGUCAACAACCAUCAAUUUAGAAGCACCACUGGAGUCAAUUGUCGAUUUCGAUGGAAAAAAUACAAAACAAACUGCUAUGCUACAAUUUACUGUCGGUGAAUGCCCCUCACUAAUAAGAAAGUCAUUACACGAACUUUUUCCGGCUCCUGAGGUUGUUUCUAGUGAGAAAUUAGCAUUAAUGACAUUGCGUUUUUCAGGUGAUAACGAGCAAGGCGCAAGAAAGUUUGUUUUGGCGGCACGGGAAAUUACGUCAAGGCUUCGCUUGCAUGGGUAUUGGGCUGAUUUUAUGAAUCCAUUCAGCGGCAAACCCUUUUAUUCUUGGGCAAACGGAAAAAAUCUGUAUAAAGUUGACGAACGAUUUAGAGGGAUUAAUAUGAAGUUGAUAAAAAAGAAUCACUGCACUGUAAUUAGCACCGAAGAGGGCGAUGCUACAUUUUCUGGAGUCAUAUACACGAAUGCGCCAUGUGAUUAUUUGCAAAUCAAAUCGCUUAUUGACGAACAAGUAUAGCAGGCUACCAUUGCCCUAAUAAACUGUAAAUUCAAAAUUGUUAUAAGUUUCAUUAAAUGAAAUAAAA